CUCCCCAUCGCUCCGUCCCCAGAGAAGGUCCGGCGGCGGAAGGGGCUGCGGCGAAGCGGGGCGAGAAGGAGGGCGUCAUGUCGGCUGCCCAAGGCUGGGACGGACCCCGUCGGCGAGGAGGAGGAGGAGGCGGCGGCGGCGGCGCGGGCAGCGGGAGCGGUCGAGGAGGCGGGCUGCUCAACCGCUUCGUGCGGCUCUGCGGCCGGCCGCACCUGCCAGGCCACAGAGCCCCCCCAGCACGAAGCGGGCAUCGCUGUGUGGCAGAUAAUGCCAACCUGUAUGUGUUUGGAGGGUAUAAUCCAGACUACGAUGAAUCAGGAGGCCCAGAGAACGAAGACUACCCUCUCUUCAGGGAGCUUUGGAGGUACCACUUUGCCACAGGAAUAUGGCACCAAAUGGGCACCGAAGGCUACAUGCCCAGAGAGUUGGCAUCUAUGUCCCUGGUGCUGCAUGGGAACAACCUGUUGGUCUUUGGCGGCACCGGCAUUCCGUUUGGAGAAAGCAACGGCAACGACGUCCACGUCUGUAAUGUCAAGUACAAGCGGUGGGCGCUGCUCAGCUGUCGCGGGAAGAAACCCAACCGGAUCUACGGACAGGCUAUGGCAAUCAUCAAUGGCUUCCUUUAUGUCUUUGGAGGAACAACUGGUUAUAUUUACAGCACAGACCUGCACAGAUUAGACCUUAAUACCAGGGAAUGGGUACAGUUAAAGCCAAACAAUUUACUCUGCGAUCUGCCAGAAGAGAGGUAUAGGCACGAAAUUGCACAUGAUGGGCAGCGAAUAUACAUCUUGGGAGGCGGAACUUCUUGGACCGCUUACUCCUUAAACAAGAUCCACGCAUACAACCUCGAAACGAACACGUGGGAAGAGAUUACAACAAGACCCCAUGAAAAAAUAGGUUUUCCUGCAGCCAGAAGAUGUCACAGUUGUGUGCAGAUAAAAAAUGAUGUGUUCGUUUGUGGUGGGUAUAACGGGGAAGUGAUUCUGGGAGACAUCUGGAAGUUGAGUCUGCAGACUUUCCAGUGGGUGAAGCUUCCAGCCGUCAUGCCGGAGCCAGUUUAUUUCCACUGUGCUGCUGUCACACCAGCCGGGUGCAUGUACAUCCACGGAGGCGUGGUGAACAUCCACGAAAACAAACGGACUGGGUCGCUCUUUAAGAUGUGGCUGGUGGUCCCCAGCCUCCUGGAACUGGCGUGGGAGAUGCUGCUCGGCGCCUUCCCUCACUUAGCAGACCUCUCCCGGACACAGCUGCUGCGCCUCGGACUCACGCGGGGGCUCGUCGAGCGCUUGAAAUGAGGAUUUCUCGCCUGUGCUUCCCCCUCCAGAAAUGUUAAUUUAAAGAAACUCUAUUUAUGGGCAGCGGGGUGAGUGCGACAGAGAGGAUCGGGGACCCCGGUCAAGGCCUUACUCAGCAAAUACAGCAGAUGCCUUUCUGUUCAUGCCAUUGAAGUUGAUGGAAACGUGAAUUUUCCCUGGGGCUGCCACUGCACCUCCUGCUCCCCUCCCAGUCUUCCUCCCUUCUCUGGUUUUUUUUUGAGGGGAGGGAGACGGAGGCGAUCUCGGCGGAGACCUCGUACUCUGGGCAGUCGAGAUCAUCGAGAAAGUUCUUUUUCAGGAGACUGCGGAAUGGGCAGGCAGCUGGGGCUUCCUCCUUUUAAAGAGUGGGUCUGGGAGGGCAGGGAAGAGGAGGAAGAUGUUGUUAUAGCCUUGCAGCUUAUGCUUUUAAUCCUGGUGUUUAACUUAUUGCUCUAGAGCUGUACUUUCCCAAGUAGACAGGGCUCAUUGCCGUAGUCUCCGAGCGCCUGCUGGCUGUGCUGUGACUUCGCUGGGUCCCGAAGCUGAAUGUUCAGGCCUGUGUGCUCUUGGCUGUCCUCAUCUCUUCAUGCCCCCUUACCUUGCCGGGCCCAACAAGGGCCUGAACGAGAUGUUUAAAAUCCACAGGGCUGGGGGCAGGGAAGGAGAAUGGCCUUAUCGAUCCUGCCCCUCUCUUGGGGUGAAGGGGUGGCUAGGGGCAGUUUCCUUCCCCUCUGGGCAUGGGAGUGGCUUCACCCGCCAUAUCCAGAGCAUCUUCCAGCCCUCAGGACCUCUGCCACUUGCUGUUAGUAACCUCCCCACCUCAUACGUGGUCUCUGGCCCAGAUCUGGCCUUUCCUGCUCCCGGGCAACAGGUUUUAGCUCUGGAACUGGGGCACUUGUUUUAGGUCCCCAGGUUGUUUCCCCCCCUCCCUCUCUGGUUUUCCACCCACAUCUCUGAGUCAGCACCUCCCUGACACACAAACCCUAGCUGCCCCUCCCCGGGGAGCGAAGCGUCACUUACAGAACUGGGCGGGGGAGGAAGAUUGAGUGCUGGCAUCAUUUCCAGGAGAAAGAACGGCCACAGGUACGAUCUUACUUUCAGUUCACUUUCUGGGGUUGCUGUGGCUCUGUCUCGGCAGGACUGUCCCCUGGGUGGCUCACAGGCCGACGGACCCACGGACCCAGAUCUCCCGGCGGUGAUCGGCAGGAUGCACUUAGGCCAGUGGGUUUAAGCCGGACCCUUUUCCUUUAAGUGCCUUUUUCUUUUAAACUAACUUGCCAAAAGAGUUCGUUGUCCAUCUCCACCACAGAAAGUGUUGAGGGGGGUGGCCUCUGUCCGCUGGGCUCGGAGAUAUAGCAUCAACCACAGCUGGGGAAGCACAGAACAGGGCCAGGUGGACGGCCUAUUUGUUCCAACAGGAAGAUUCACCGAACAACCCUGUCUUCUUCCCUAGCCUGUUAACUCUUCCGCCCAGGUAGUCCAGAGAGGGGGAAUCAGGAGAAGGGUGGCCGCUUCUCAUCCUGGCUCGGCCUUUGGCAGUCCCUAAAUGUUCACCUGUCCAUCUCAGAUAUCCAAGGAAAAUAAGGUUGGGAAAAACUGAUGGCUCGCUCUGUUCGUUAUUUUAGAGGGACAUGGACCCGGUUUUUAUAGUCUGAGGACAAGGGCAUUGGGGCCCAGGUCUGCCUAGUCUGGAUCAGCCCUUUUAGGGUCAGCGACUCACCUUGACCACAAGCUGAGUUAAUAGAAUUUGGUGAAAGCCAGAGUCUGGAUCAGAGCAUCUGGUGGGAUAGAGGAGAGGGAAGGGCCUGUUUUAGGAGUGGGUGAGGGGACCAGAGAAGGAGCGUUCAGCUGUUGCUCUGCUGUUUCCUUAUGCAGUCGUGGGAUCAGCUGGAGAUCAUCUCAGGUGCAGGGCGAUCUGGCUCUGCAUAGCCUCUGCUUGCUUUCAUCCCUUUCCAAGCCUUUUUGAGGCUUCCUCUGUGCCCUGAAAAGACAGAGUGUCAGCAGCAGCCCCUGGGGUUGCAGUGGGUGCCCUGACUGGAAUCAUGUGCUGACCUCAAAUCUCUUAGUCUAGAUUGCUCCCGGGGUGGGGAAACCAAGUACCUUCCCCCCAUCCCCCAGCAAUGCAAGAUGUUAGGCCAGAUGCUGGAGGACUCAUUUAGGGGCACCCCACAAGUUUCAGGAUACUAACCAGCCAACAACUGGUGCUUCAGUUUUCUGGGCCAUUUCCACACCUGCUUCUCUGCCUUACAACUGGCCACCUCAGCUGUCUGCUACGGCAAUCUAGGUCUCGGUCCAAUCAAUAGGAUAUUCAGUGUAACCGGCCGGUGGGGCCCAACCUGGAAUUUGAAGUCCUCAUCUGAUGGGAACCUCACCCAAAGGUUUGUGGGGCCAGAGGACUUUCAAGUAGUUGAUUUUAACUCCCACUGCCCCUUUCUCUGCCCCUCAUGGGGCAGUAGUGGUGAACAGAGAACAGCUGGCAGGGGCUGAUAUCAUUCCUCCCUCCUGCCAAGAUGCUCCCUGCUCUAACUCACCAUCUUCCAAAAAGCUUCUGCAGAGCUGGAUUGGCGGGAAGGUACAGCGGUCUCUUCCACGUCCGACGGAAUCAGGCUGUUGCAGAGGUGGUCGCGAGCCUGCUGCCUUCUUGCGGUGUCUCGGCUGUAGUGACUUACCAAUUGUUCAAUAAGGACAUGAUGGGGGGGUGAGCAGCCCCCCUCCCCAGAGUACACAGAACUGGAUGUGAGGGGUUAAAAUAAACUGACCCCCAACUAGGGACCUCAGCUUGCUGUCCCACUAGCUGAGGUGACAGCAAGAGUCCUGAAGGUAGGUGGGCCGCAGGAGGGCAAGAGAGUGGCCAGGAGCUUGGAUAGCCAGCCCACCGCAUGGCCGACCGGCACCGGUGGGAGAAACUCAAGAGGAUGCUGGGCCAGACUGCAGUUAAAUUGGGUGGGCGAGUCCCAUCCUUUUGAUGAGGGAGAGGGACUAGAUUAAAGUCCUAGCCUGGCUACAGCCAGAAUCCUGCAAGAGUAAGGAGUUGCCCACCUGUUCCUGCUGUGUUAGAUACCCCUUAAGGGGAAGACCUCAACUCCAGUAUGAGCAGGUAAAGAAAUUCAACUUCUGAAAGCUGUGUGUGAUUGAAAGAAUUCUGUAGACAGCAGGCUUGGGUGGGGGCAUAGGGCUCAUCAACUCCAUUAGGUAAAGCUGAUUAUCAAGGUCAUUGGGGCUGGGGUCGGUUCUCGCCGAUGGGCCCAGCCCUUUCCGUUCACCUCUCCAAAGUGCUGCCUUGACUCACGGUCGUGGGUUCGUGAGUCUGGUUAGCUUUCUCCUCUGUGAGAAGUUUUGUUACCCUUCGGGCAGCUGGUUUUUCAUUACCGUAUCCUGUUUCUAAAGCUGUCGAGAAGGUGUUGCCUCUCUGAAAAGACCCAGGCCCCAGGCUUUGGGGCAGAGCCAUCCUUGGAAGCUUCAACACUGAGAGUCAGUGGCUUUUACUGGGGCAAGAUGCUUCCACGUUUCGCCGAUCUCCAGGUUUCAGAGGCGGAGGCCGUAGCCUAGCGUAUAAAGGCUUGGUUUUUUCCUCUAUGGCUGGUGCAGGGAGGGAGCAGGAAGCAGCAAGGAGCAUCAGUUCUAGCAUCUGUCGUGGCCACCACGUGAAGCUGGAAAGAUGCCAAAACCUCACCCCCCACCCCUCCAGAGGCAAAGAUUGCCCCAGGCAGGGUGUUAGAUGGUGUUCAGGACUCCAUUAGGUAAAGCUGCUGAUCAAGGUCACUGGGGCUGGGGUCGGUUCUCUCCGAUGGGCCCAGCCCUUUCCAUUCAUCUCUCCAAGUGGGAGGUGGCCCCAUCCCAACUCAGGUUCCCCCCUCGGGCUCAGAUUUUAAGCAGACGGCCUCACCGUCCCCCGCCCGGGUAAGUCUGGAGGAGCUGUUGCCCGAGGUCUUCCGAGCAAGGGGCCUCGGCGUCUCGUGGAAGAUUAGCGCCACGGCUCUGGCGGAGGCCCAGCUUUGCAGAGACUCCAUUUUAGGUAACCCUGUGACUUCUCCGUUUGCCAGUCCCCUCCCAGCCUGCGGAGAGGAAUGGCGUGCAGCCCCUCCCGGUGAGGCACGGUUCUUUCCGAGCGACUGGGCUGCCUCUGCCCCUGAGCUGGGGCUCAGGACCUCCGGCGCUUGCCUUACCCCAGAGCUGAACGGUGUAGUCCUUUUCGCGAUCAGUGUGCAUGUGACGAGCUGAGGCUACCUUCUCCAUUCUGCCGGCCCCCACUCUGUCACCACUCGGGGACGGAGAGCUGGUUCUGAAGUGUCUGGCUGAUAUUUAUGUACCUUAUCAGUGUUUUCCAGUUUGGAUUUUUUUUUUUUAAAGAGUUCUGAUCAAUAAACCUACUCGAGACUCUA